CUUUGUUUCCAGGGGAUACUAUUAGAGACGGACUCGCAAAUAUUUGAAGAGUGGUUCACCGGCAGGAUGAGAAGUCUUUAGCAGCAUGCUGUGAUAGCUUUAUUCUACGUGUACGUGACGGGAAUGGGUCCAGGAAAUGUAACAGGACCUGGGUGUAGCAAGAGAGCUUAAACUCAGAGGUCUUGCCUGCAGUGUCAUUUACCAGUUAUAGAGCACCAUUUACAGAGGAGAUAUGAAAUUACUAUUUCUAGCCUGCCUCAGCCCCAAAACAGGGAACUAUACGACAGCCGAGAGAAUAAGGUCUCACAUUGAAUCAGCAGGACACACCUGUGAGCUAAGAGAUGUCGCAGAUUUUCUGUCUCCGUCGGACGUGGCACAUCUAGUGUCCCAAAAUCCUCCAUUUCAAGGUGCGCUGGCCAUUCAUCUUUUCAAAGCUGGCAGACUUCUCCUAGACAUUCAGUUACCCUUUGGAGUCAUUUUUGGCGGAACAGACAUAAAUGAAGAUGUGAAAGAUGAGCAGAAGCGUGUGGUUAUGGAGCAGGUGCUGCUGAAGGCCAGGUUUGCUGUUGCUUUCACUGAAAAACUAAAAGAAGAAGCAGAAUUUGUAUUGGUGUCACCCCAGAGUAAAAUCUACGUCCAACCACAAGGUAUCCAGACAGAAGUGGCUGAAAAAUUCUGUUGGACGGAAUUCUUGAUGAGUUCAGGUGUAAGGACAGACUGUGUGGAUGAGCUUUGUGUCUUCCUGUUGGUUUGUGGCCUCAGAAGAGUCAAGGACCCACUCUAUUUGGCAGAAGUUUUUUCAGAGUGGCAUUCUGAGAACCAUCUCAAUAUACUGAUCAUAAUCGGGCCAAAGUAUAUCAUAUUUAAGCAUCUGUUCAUUUGCUCAGACAGUGGUGCCAGGCAAAAGGUUGAUCCUGCACUCACUGCUAAAGUGGAAGCAGUUGUUAAACGGGCCACAGGGGUCUUCUUGGCACAGGAAAGGAGCCAACGGAAGCUGCAUGCUGUCAUGAAAAGAUGCUUUGCCGUAGUCAACAGCUCUGAGUCAGAGGGCAUGUCAGCAGCCAUCUUGGAGGUAAACAUUUGCAAGGCCAUGGAUCUCAGAGUCCCUGUGCUGGCGAGGAAUAUACCAGGAAAUGCAGCUGUGGUGAAGCAUGGUGUGAAUGGGCUGCUGUUUUCUUCUCCUCAGGAAUUUGUGCACCAGUCUCAGAGACUUCUGUCAGAUCACAAGCUGAGAGAGAGGGUGGUGAGGAAUGGAAAACUUUACGUGGAGGAAAAUCACAGUGUGAAACAGGAGAAGGAAACAUAUCAGAGACUGGUGGACACGCUGCACAAGGCCCAGUUUUCAGCCUAACUCUAUACUUUCUGAGGAACCUUAGCAAUAAAUAUAUGUAUGUAUGUUAAUUGUACUGCUUUACAAUUUUUUUUCUAUUUAUUCAAAUAAAAACAUGUUUUAUCA